AUGGCCCACCCCCGCACCCUGCAGGGCCUGACUCUGCUGCUGCCUCUGCUCUUACUGCCCUGGGUGCCCACCACAGCCGGGGCUGGCAAGUUGGUCCUGUUGUCGCCCAGGGAGGUGAAUGGCUCUGUGGGCAGCACUGUGAUCCUGCCGUGUCACCUGAAACCUCCUGACUCUGGAACCCUGCGGGUGACUCUGAUCAGGUGGACGCUGCUGGACCCUCUGUCGGAACCCAGCAUAUUGGCCGAAUUCCAUGCGGACCAGGGCUCAAGCAUCCAGGACCCCAAUCGUAUGGAGUUUCAAGCUGGCAAGUUGGGUGCCAACCUUAUGGACGCCUCGCUGACCAUUCACAGACUGACCCCUGAGGAUGACGCCAACUACACCUGCGAGAUCCACACCAGCCCAUUCAAAGUGGGAAGCUCCAACAUCUGGCUCCGUGUGUUCUGUACGUAUGCCCCUGACGUCUCCCUCAACCUCUAUGAAGAAAUCGGAAAGCGGGGCCAAAAGGAGACCAGCCUGUACUGUGUCGCAUUGAGCAACCCGGAGCCCAAGAUUUAUGACUGGAGCACGACCACGGGCCCCCUGCCAUCCUAUGCUAUACCCCAGGGCCCCCACCUCCUGAUUCAUCCCACUGAGGAGUCCGUCGACACGACCUUCGUCUGCCGCGUCUCCAAUGACAUGGGGACAGACCAGGCAGUCUUGAGAGUCCAGCUCCCAGUUUGUGGAGUAGACACGGGAACAGGCUCCUGCAGCAAUAGCAGCUCUGGUUUCCAGCACAAACGGAAUCAAUCAGCAGAAAUUGGCCUCCAAGGAUUGAUGGAGACCCUGAUCCCCUGGCAGCCCUUUAGGACCCUCAUCAUGGCUCGGCCCCCCACUCUGCCAGGCCUGACUCUGCUGCUGUCUCUGCUCUUACUGCCCUGGGCACUCACCAGAGCCGAGGCCAGGGAGGUGGUCGUGCUGGCGCCCACUGAGGUGCAGGGAUCCCUGGGCAGCACUGUGACCCUGCCGUGUCACCUGCAACGUCUGGAGUCUGAAACUCCGCAGGUGACUCAGAUCAGGUGGACGCGGCUGGACCCGCCGGGGGACCCCAGCAUUGUGGCCCAAUUCCACUGGGAGCGGGGCCCCAGCAUCACAGAGCCCGACCGUUUGCAGUUCAAGGCCGCCCGGUUGGGUGUGGACACGCUUGACGCCUCGCUCACCCUGCGUGAGCUGAGCCUUGGGGACGAAGCCAACUACACCUGCGAGAUCCGCAUCAGCACAUCCCAGCUGGGGAGUGCGAGCACCUGCCUCCGCGUGUUCUAUGCCCCCCAGGUCUCCAUCUCUCUCUAUGAUGCCAUCGGGCAGCAGGGCCGCAGGGAGACCAACCUGAACUGUGACGCCCGCAGCAACCCGGAGCCCAAGAGUUAUAACUGGAGCACGACCACGGGACCCCUGCCCCCCUCUGCUGUACCCCAGGGCUCCCGGCUCCUGAUCCAGCCCACUGAGGAGUCCAUCAACACGACCUUCAUCUGCCGCGUCUCCAAUGCCCUGGGGACGGGCCAGGCAGCCAUGAGAGUUCAGCUCCCAGAAUCUUCCGGGAAAGCAUCACUCGCAGACUCCGGCCUCAAGCUCAGCCUCCCGUUUGCGGUGGUGGCUGUGCUGGGGACCCUGCUUUAG